CAUUUAGCUUCCUCAUUUCAUCAGAGAUACUGUAACCCUAACAUCAUAACGCAGACGGCCACACCACCGAUCGUGGCUCUCCUCCUCAUCGACCGCAACUCUCAAUCGCUUUCACUCCAAACGGCGAUGGCGCGGUUCUCCCUUUCACGAUCGUCGGAGCGUUGCUCUCAUCCACGGGCUCCUGCGCGGUGCUCUCCUCCAUGGGUGUCGGCCCGGUGCUCUCCUCCACGCACGCUGCUCCACGGCUCCCCCUCUUCCUAUCUCGGCUCCAAGUACAGGCCUGUCUCGCCUUCUCCUCUUCGCAAGGCCUGUCUCGCCUUCUCCUCUUCGAGAAACCCCUCUCCUUCUCCCGUUUCCACUUCUUCCCCUGUCUCGCCUUCUCCUCUUCGCAAGGGUUGUAACCCCCCUCCUCCUCCUCUGCUUAUUGCUUCUAUUCUUAAAGCUCUGUUAAGGUACGGAAAAAAGCAGUUUGCGGUUGAUGAGACCAGGCGUGAUACUUAGAAUUGUCCAGUGCCUUCAUGCAAUGAACCACCAGUAUUGACUACUUGCUUCUAUUCUAAAAGCUGUGUUAAGGUACGGAAAGAAGCAGUUUGCGGUUGAUGAAACCAGGCGUGAUACUAGAGAAUUGUCCAGUGCCUUCAUGCAAUGAACCACCAGUAUUGACUACUUGCUUCUAUUCUUAAAGCUCUGUUAAGGUACGGAAAGAAGCAGUUUGCGGUUGAUGAGACCAGGCGUGAUACUUAGAAUUGUCCAGUGCCUUCAUGCAAUGAACCACCAGUAUUGACUACUUGCUUCUAGUCUAAAAGCUGUGUUAAGGUACGGAAAGAAGCAGUUUAUGGUUGAUGAGACCAGGCGUGAUACUAGAGAAUUGUCCAGUGCCUUCAUGCAAUGAACCACCAGUAUUGACUACUUGGGUUUUCUGAAUUUUUGUGCAUCUUAAUUCUGAUUUUUGAAGCUGUUUCCUGGGAAAAAAUACGACGAUCUGCAAAAACUGUUAAGAAAUAUUGCUUCAGAGGAGUUUGAAGAACAUUCAUGGACAUUCUAGGACUUGAAGAUUGCAAUUUGUUUAGCCAUGACUCUCAACUUAAUGGAAAACGGAGCAACUUCAAAGAGGAAAAGACUGGUAAAAAAGUAUCAAGCUCAUGCAAAAGUUAAGGAAUUUGAAAUGAAGGAAGUAUCUUCUGCUGCGAAACUAGUUCGGAAUUUUAUAACCAAAGGUGAUAAAGGAAGUAAUCAAGCCAAAAUAGCACAACAGCCUAAGAGAAAAAUUUCAGAAAUUGGAGACAAAUAUAGUAGGGAGAAUUCAAUGGAAGGGAGAAAUAAAACACUUGUAGACAAUGUUAUGAACCGGUCUUUGAGGUCUUCCCAAAACCAAGUGAGGAGUAAUGUUCAACUAGAAGAACAACCAAUUCCUAAGAAGAUGAAGAGUAAGGCAAAGUGUCCAGCAAUGGCUCUUGAUGCCUUUUUGCAUACAGAAGGAGUAGAAGUGGAAAGAGAAGAGGAAGAUGACUUUGAGUCAAUUGGUGAGGAUGCUGGAGCUACUGAAAAAGAACCAGCUAACUUGACAAACUUAAAAAAUAACUUAAAGCGUCCAGCAAUGACUCUUGAUGCUUUUUUGGGUGACCAAGGAAUUCAUGUGGAAAGAGAAGAGGAACAUAAUGAAGUUCCAACUACUGAGGAUGCUAGAUCUAGGCCAUCCCCGAAUAAUGGAGAAAAUGUUCAUAUCCCCUCUGAGGAAGAUUAUAUUGGUGAACAUAAAAGUGACAAUUUUGAUGUAGAAGGAGAUCAAGUUAUGGAAGAGGCUCAUGUAGAAGAUACUUCAAAGGUUAAAAAGACUCAUGGAAAAACAAGAUGCUUAAAGAUUUAUGCAAGAACUUGGGAAGAAAGGGAGGAAGUGACUUUUGAUCAGGGAGCAGCCGUGGGGCCAACAGCUCAAAGAGUGAAGGAUUUAACUAAUUUUAUUGGAACAAUGGGAAGGAAUAGUAAUUUUAUUACCUUAAUGUACACUAAUUGGAAAGCUGUGCCUAAGCAAAUCAAAAAGCGCAUUUGGAAGUAUAUUAAUUCAAAGUUCAUUCUUCCAAAAUCUUCAAAGUUAUGGGUGAUGACUGGUGUUCAAAGAGCAUGGAAGCGUUACAAAAUAAGAAUAAAAAAAGAAGCAUUUUGAACCAUAUUCUGGAAAUAUUGAGGAUAUGUUGGUGAA